GGAACAUAAAAAUGGAAUAUCACAAAACUCUUCCCUGGAAAACAGCCUCUGUCUGUCCUGCUGCUGUGUGCUGUUGAAGAAUUGAAGGGAUGAAAAUUCUAAUGAUUAUCUUCCGGAAAAGUGAAGCGGAGACAAACGCUUGUCCUCCUGAGAACAAGGUGACAACUCUGACAAAUUCUGACCUGUUAUAGAUUUUGUUUUUUGUUUUUUUUUAAGCCUGCAGAAGGUGAGAAGAGGAGACAUUUCACUCUGAAUCUAGUUAAAUGUCCUCACAUCUUCCACACUGUAAACCUCUAAUCCAGCACCCCACUCAUGAUCCCCACAGACGUCCAGUGAUCUCUGCAGCCUCCACUCUCCAAACCUCAGAGUGAAACCAUGAGUGCUCCACCAACAGGCAGCCAAGACAUGGACGUGAAGGUGGAGUCUCAAGAGAUGGCAUUGCUUAGCAACUUACUGGCAGCUUACACCUUCAUUGCAGAUCAACCAGAGAGGACAGCGCUGGUGUUUCUGGGUGGAGUGUGUGUUGGCCUGCUGGUCACACUCUGUGCCAUCGUUUUCCAAAUACACUGUCGAGCUGACUGCCACUAUGGCAACAGCAACCAGCCACAUUAUCGCCGUGGUAACAGACACCACCAUCACCCUCACAGCUGUCCCCACCAUCAGUCUGCUGUCAGUCAUCCAGACAGAAGUGCUAUGGUUGUCUCAGGAGGAACUCAGCCUGCUGGAGAGAGCGAAUCAGAGGACUGGGAUGAUACGUCAGACCUGUCGGCACGGCGCCGCAGACGCUUUGAGAGGGCCCUGCUUCACGCCUCUAUGUACACAUCAGCCGAGGAGCUGGAUCGGGCCCAGCGGCUGGAAGAACGGGAAAGAAUUCUGCGUGAGAUUUGGAUGAACGGACAACCAGAUAUCAGCACAGUCACUCAAAGCCUCAACAGAUAUUAUUGACAUAUAUAAGAGACAACAGACAGUUGGACUGACUAGAGGCUGACC